GCUCAUCGUGGCCUUGUCGGAGGUGUCGCCUUUUGGAUCCUUCCAUAUUUCGGGGAACAGUUCGUCGGGCAGGCGCAUGUCGUGCCGAAAGGACCAAAACUGGUGGUGGUCCCUGUGAUAGACCAUGUCCCGGAAAUACAUGGCGUCUCGCGGAACGUCAAAUAGAAUGUAUGCGGGCGUAUCCUUAUGUUGCUCAUACCUGUCGAACUUGUCCAACCAUCGCUCUCGCUCAAAGACCUCCACCGUGUACCGGUUGUCGUCGUGCCGCAAAAGGACUUUGCAGGUGUAAUGAUAAUCAGCCCAGUCUUCCGUGUCCUCAUCCGUAUUGAAUUUGUAGGCCUCAAAAUCGUGAUCCGGAGGGAAGUAAUAAUCACGACAAAAGGUAAUGACCCCCUCGAAUUGUUCCUCCAUGGGUUCGUAGGCCGUUGGGAUCCUCAAAUCAACCCUCUCGUUCAAUUCAAAGGCCGGAAUAUAGCGCCGACGGGGUCGAUCCCAGUUUUUCACAUGUUCCUCCCAGGCUAUCUCCCAAUCGAUUCCAUAAUCAAUAGUGAUCUCUUCUCCCUUUUCUAUGUCCCUUAUCGCGACGUAAUCAAUGGCCAGACCCGUAUGAAACUCGGACCCCCAGUCUUUAACCGGCAUGUCGAACCAUUCAGGGUGCCGCAGCCGCUUCUUAUCGGUCCAAACCACUUUGGUGUUGGGAUUUUUGUGGUUGUGAUUGAUGAGAAAGUUGAGGUAUCCGUAGGGGCAUAACAACAACAAUGUAUCCUCGUGUCCAAAACAGUAAUUCAACAGCAACUGGUGGUGAAUGGGCUUUUCGACUCUGCGCUGCCAUGUUCCCUUCUCCGUGAUCAUGUGGUCAUAAAUGAUGAGGGACGAUCGAUUCGGAAUGUGAACAAGGGGUGCGGGAGCUACGAGGCUGCCCUUCGCAAUGAAUCGGCUGGCAAACGCUCCACGACCGGCAUGGGGAAUUUUGCUGACACCUUCUCGGAUAUUGUCCAUGCACUGCCCGUGUUCGUUCAUCCAUUCGAGGUCCUUAACGGUGUCGUUGUAAUUCUGUAGCGCACUACCUCCAAAGUCCAUUAGAUUUUUCAAAUCGUCAAUAGUUGUCGCAUUGUCCCCCGGUAACGCAAACAGCGUCUUGGCUUUGUCCCAAAUGUCUCUCAGUUCCACGAUAAAACCCCACAAUUCUUGUUCGAAAUUUGUACUGUUGACAAUUUGAUCUUUCGUUUUGUCUUCAUUCUGCCACGAUGUGACGUUGCCAAUAAACGAUUGGAUGAGUGUGUCGGCCUCUUCGUAAUGUCGGUCGAAGGGGACAAAGUCGUAGACUGGCCGUCCAUCGAAGUAUCCCUCUCCAUAGCUAGCGUACAGUUCGCUGAAGGGUUCGAUGGUUUCCAUCGCUUCGAAUCUCCUUCCCGUCAUUGGCGUAAAGGCCCCGGCCCCCGGUGAAUCCGAUGGGACGCCCGAUGUGGUGAGCUUAUAAGCAGCGAAUUCGUCCCAGCCCUCGUCCUGUACGUUGACCAGAGGCAUCAUGCAAUUGAUUGCGGCACCAAAUCCACUACUUAUUGUCGAAGCAGAGUACACAUUUUCGACGUCGUCGUACAUGUCCGGAAACAUGCCUUACGUGUUGUUUCGCAGUCCAUUCAAACCGAGCGAAGAAACGAGUGACAAAUCGAUGGAUCAAUGUGAGGCGGUGGCUCCGUUCGUCCACACGAACCGUUUGGUUUGGUUGCUCCGACGAAACAAUACUUCUAAAAUGCGGUGCAAGCAUGGUGCAUAUGUGCUCUGUGUCUCUGACUUACUUGUACUCCACGUGUAUUCGUCCCAUAAAUGAUAAUAGACAUCGUCUCCGUUGUGGUAAUCCAAAUCCCAGGUUGGGAUCAUCAGAUCUGAAUCGCUGACCAGAUCAUAUUGCUCGUAUUUCUUGCUUCCCGAAUACAUGCCCAGCCCUGCUCCCGGAAUCGAACUGGGAGCAAGAUAGAGGCCGCACUCGUCGUGCGGUACGUAUUCCCGAGUUUUUGUUCCGAUGUUGUCGCUAGCGAUGGUCGACUGAGAACACAAAAGCACGACAAAGACCACCGAGGAAUAGAUCCCCGGCCAUUUCGGGGCAGCCACUCGUCCCGCGUCCGGGAUCGAAACCAUCCUGAAAUCCAAAAACCAAGUUCAAGUAUGAGUCGUUGGAUGCAAAUCAAAGUCUAAAACGAUG